CAAAGUCUCAGGGAAUGGCGCACGCUGCCGUCUCUCUAGCGACAUGGGCGACACCACAUUGGCUGUCCAGACAUUGCAGAAGGACCAGGCGAGAAGCAGCAUUUAGUAGAGUAAGCUGCUGCACUGAUCCGUUUCUUAUUAGCAGUUGUUCUACUGAAACACGCCCUCAGCAUUCAUUGCAGCGGGUCUCACACAGGUUGCAACCCUCAUCAAUCAAAGCAGCAAACACCUUAUGUGCUAGGUUUAGCUUAGAAACCCCAAAACAAGUGCGAACAUCUGGAGUCAGCCGCACUGCCUGCUUGCUCUCCAGUUCUUGGUUACAUGAAAAUGCUAGAAGGCCCUAUGGGGCAGCCACCAGAAUGCAAUGCAGGGCUGCCGCGGGCCCAGGAAAGAUCUCAGAGCUGGAAUAUGGGGCCCACCACCCCCAGCAUCAGACUAGAAACGCACCUCUUGAUGAGGAUGACUGUGUUGACUGCGCUGAGUCAGCAGAGAGUAAUGGGAUUAGCGGCAAGGAAGAAGGUGGAAGGGCGCCCUUGCUUGAGGCAGUGGUGCAGGCAGCGGAGAGGAAUGUUGUGUCCUUCGAAUCUCCUGGGCACAACAAAGGGGCAUGGGCGCCGACGAAGCUCAAGGAGGCUUUCUCUAGCAAGGUGUUCGAGCAUGACGUGUCUGGGUUUCCCUGGCUUUCUCUUUCCGAGGGCCCCGUCGAAGAGGCGCAGCAGCUCGCAGCCACCGCGUUUGGUGCGGACCGCACCUGGUUCCUGGUCAACGGGUCGACCUGCGGGGUGCAAGCUGCAGUGAUGGCCACAUGCAAACCGGGGGAUGUGCUGAUACUUCCAAGGAACUGCCAUCAGUCUGCAGUUUCCGCCAUGGUCCUGUCUGGUGCACGACCCAAGUAUGUCCUGCCAGACUACGAUUCUAGCUGGGGCAUCGCCUUGGGAGUGCCCCCCCACGAGAUAGAGCGCGCGUUGACGGAGUCGUGGGAGGAAGGGCAGACGGUCGGCGCAGUGCUGAUUGUGUCGCCCACUUAUCAUGGCGUCUGCAGCGACAUUUCCCGCAUUGCCGAAGUUUGCCACGCGUUUGGGGUGCCCUUACUGGUGGACGAGGCUCACGGGGGCCACUUUAAUUUUCAUCCCGCCUUUCCGGGAACUGCCCUUGAAAGCGGGGCGGACGUAGCCAUCCAAUCUACUCACAAGGUGCUCUCCGCUUUCACCCAGGCGGCCAUGCUGCACCUCAACGGCGACCGCGUGGCAGCGCACCGACUGCACUGGUCGCUGCAGCUGCUCCAGACUCCUCGCCCCAGUCACUUGUUGCUGAGCUCCCUAGACGCAGCCCGCCUUGAAGCAACCCGACAAACCUCCGCCGGUGUGAACGCGCCCUUCGACUCCGCUUUCCGCUUGGCCACCCGUGCAAGAGCGGAACUCAAAUCCCUCGCCGGAAUCAAAGUUCUCAACCUCCCGGGAAUGGACCCCUUGCGGGUGGCCCUUGACACCACCGGCGUUGGGCUGUCUGGUUACGAGGCUGACGAGACCCUAGUUGAAGAAUCUGGUGUCAUAGCCGAGCUGCCGUGGCAGAACGGGCUUGUGUUUGCAGUUGGGCCGGGUAGUCGGGAAGAGGAUGUGAAUAGGAUGGUGGACGCGUUCACAUCGUUGGCAGAAACGGCGCAGAAAGGGGGGUUCCGGUUGGAGGACCGGAGCGGAGAUGGGGGUGCCAGCAGGGGCAUUUUCGGAGAGGCACGGAUGAGCCCCCGCGAGGCCUUCUUCAGCGAGUCAGAGCGGGUGCCCGCCAGUGCCGCUGUUGGCCGCAUCUGCGCGGAGCUAUUGUGCCCUUACCCGCCAGGCAUCCCGGUUCUGACACCGGGAGAGGUCAUCACCACUACGGCCAUCGAGCUCCUCGUCUCCACCCUCGACUCCGGCGGCACCGUCACUGGCGGAGGGGAUCCCUCUCUGCAAAGCAUCGCCGUUGCCUGCAACGCGCCACGUGGCAGCUCAGGAGCCGACCCCGCCUCGUCCCCUUCGGACGUCGAAAAUUCUGAGCCGUUGGAUCAAGAAACAUCGCCUCUCUGGGAGGCGGUCACGCAGGCCGCGGAAAGAAGCGACGCGCCGUUCUAUUUUCCGGGACACAAGAAGGGGGCGGGAGCGCCGGCAGAGCUGAGAGACGCCCUAGGCCAUGCGGUGUUCCGCCACGAUCUGCCCGAGAUCCCAGGACUGGACAACCUAGCCUCCCCCGAGGGCCCAAUUCUCGACGCGCAGCGCCUCGCGGCCGCGGCGUUCGGCGCGGACCGCACCUGGUUCCUGGUCAACGGGGCCGCCUGUGGGGUGCAAGCCGCGGUGAUGGCCACGUGUAAGCCGGGGGAUGCGCUGAUACUCCCGGAGAGCUACUCUCAGUCGGCGCUUCCGGCACUGGUCCUCUCGGGAGCGAAGCCCUUGUACGUGGCUUCGGACGCCGGACCAGACUGGGCGCCCGAGCGUGGCGUACGUCUGGAGGCGGUCGCGGGCGCCCUGGAAGAUGCGCGCGCGGCGGGAGAGACCGUGGGCGCCGUGCUGCUGGCGUCACCCACCAGCUGCGGCUUAUGCAGUGACGUCACUUCCAUUGCCGGCAUAUGCCACUCUCACGGUGUGCCUCUCCUGGUGGACGAGUCUUUGGGAGCGCAUCUCCGCUUCCAUAACGCUCUUCCGCUCUGCGCACUUGACAGCGGAGCGGAUGUCGUCAUCCACGCCACUUAUGAGGGCCUUUCCGCCCUGGCACAGGCCGGCAUGCUGCACCUGAAGGGCGACCGGGUAGCGGCCGCCCGGGUGGACCGGUCGCUGCAAACGCUGCAGUCGUCCAGCCCGAGCUACCUGCUGCUCAGUUCCCUCGACCUCGCCCGCGCGGAAGCUGCUCAACGGAACGAGAGCGGAAACAAUCCUGGUUUGGAAGCCGCCCUCCAGCUUGCCGCCAAAUUGAGUUUGGAACUCCGCUCUCUGACCGGAAUCAACGUCCUUGAAGCACCGGAAAUCGACCCCCUGCGUGUAGUCGUCGAAACCGUCGGACUGCGACUUUCCGGAUACAAAGUCGACGAGAUUCUUCGAGCGGAGUUUGGUGUGAAUUGCGCGGCUGCUUUUGCAACCGGAGCAGUCUUUUCUGUCCGAGUAGGAAGCACGGUAGAGGAUGUGAAUAGGCUCGUGCGGGCGUUCACACUCCUGUCCGAAGCCGCGGACGGAGGCCCUCCGCUGGUGCGCCGUUCGGACGUCCUGAAAGAUCUGAGCGUGAUAGAAACGGAGUGUUUGGAGCAACAAGAGGCGCGGGCGAAAAGCUGGAAACACCGGCUCCCGGCUCUCGCCGAGCCUUUUGAAAGCGAGUGGGAGAGGUUUUGUGGGUUGAGUUGGCUUGAACAGAGCGAGAUCGGCGGGCGAGUUGAGGCUGCGAAGCGCGAGUGGGAAAGGCGGAGGCCCGAAGAAGAAGCGGAAAACGAGAGCGAAGCUGAUCAGCGAGAGAAUUGUGUUGAGAGAGGGUCAAAUGGUUCAGCUUCAGUGGUGGAUGCAAUACGGAAGGAAGCGAAUGGAACAAGAACGGGGACAAGAAGUGACGGAAGGCGGACACGAACGGACGGAACGCGGACGGGAAAGAACGGAACAGAGACGGAAACGGACGGAAGUCGGACACAGCCGGACGGAAAAUGGGCGGUAGCGGACGGACCGGGGAUAAAAUCGAACGGCUCAGAAGAGAGUUUGCCGGCUUUGCUGGAGGAGCUUUAUGUGGAAGGGCGGGAAGAGAUGCGCGCGUGGGUGGACCAGGCUUCGGCUGCCCUGGACGAAAGUGAGGCUGUCAGAAGAAUGGAGAUAAGAGCGGCUUUCGAAACUUACAGAAAGGCUAUAAGCCAGGAAUAUGAAGAUCCUCGAAGUGUUGCUGCUAGCGCCGGGGCUGUGUUAGAGGAGAUAGCGAAGAGCCUAGGAGAGUUGCCAGACGAAAUAGAGGUUCAGACGCUUAAGAGCAUUCUCUGUCGAAAGCAGAUUAGAGUAACGCAAGUCCUGCACGCGUGGCGGGAGGAAGGGGGGGUAGAAACGGAGAGCAGUCAUUCGGCAGUGAACGCUGAGUUUAGUGGGGCGGAAACGGAAGAGCGAGGGAAGGAAGCGGAAACGGCAGGGCGGAAAGCUCAGUUGGAAAACCCAUUUGCGCUGACGGACGCGAAACGUGCUCGCGCACAGAGUGUGGCGAGCCGGGAGAAGCGUCGGACAAGCAAACCAAAUUUCGCCGAGCUUUUCAACGCUGCCGGUAAGCCCUCGUCCCGGCUAGAGGCGCUAGAAGUCGCUUUUGAAAGGGCAAAGAGGGGCUACCUAGAAGCGGGUAGCUUGGUUCGAGAAGCGCUGCAACUAAUGGAAUACGGCUCGGGAGAGAUCGUCAGUAAAGGUCCGUUUACCGGGCGGCAAAAGGAGGCCUUUUCGAGAAACGAGUCGGUUGCGGCAGCCCUGGAAUGCGCCAGCGAGGACCUGCUUUUCAUCCGGUGUCUUGGAGGCUACCCCUUGAGCCGGCCGAGACGGGCGCCACCCGGAGGAUCCGCUAGGAGGCCCCUAGAGGAGGCCCUCGACUUGGAACUGCGUAAAGCUUCCCGGGUUGGGCGGUCGGCGCAAGAGCAGCUCCGAGAAGUUCUAGAAGGUCUCGAGCAAGCGGCAGGGCCGGAAGAAGGGGCGGUAUCCGGGGAUGCGGAGAUAAGGGCGGCGGAGCGGAACAAAUGCGUAUUACGUCACGCGACGUCAGCGCUGGAUCAUCUGAAACGCGCUUUCGGCGACCGGACGGAAAGGAAAAGAACCGCGUCUUGGCGGGGGGGAACAUUGGAUGGGCACAUGGUGCAGGAACAAAUCGAGGAGCAGAGCUUAGAGGGAAAGCAAGCUACAAGAAACAGGAUGACUCCGCGGGAAGCAUUUUUCGCUGACAUAAACUAAAGUACGUUGGGAGUAUUCCAAAAGCUUAAGUGACAGCUCCUUGAGGUUGCGGAGUUGUGAUUCAGCGUCAUGGCUGCAAAGGUUUUCUCUUCCUUGACAUGUGGGCAGACCGCAAUGUAUACACGUCGCGUGCUUCAAGAUUCGACCGAGU